AUGCGACUUCGACCACGGCGGCUUGCCAAAGCCAAUCCCUCAUUUAUAUUGUUACUACUGCUGGUCAUUGCGAUCGCAGCUCGAGUAUCUGCGAUGCCCGCGGACCAUACAACAACGGAUCCUACCGACGCCCAGACCACCGACGAUCCCGGGACCACGGAUAGUGCCCCUAGCGUGACCGAGACCGCUGCUGUGACAACCGACACCAAUACUUCCUCGACGUCAGAGUCGGACACCACCAGCACCACCUCCUCUUCCUCUACCAGCGAGACCAUGGCUACCACCACCGACUCCGAUACCACCACGACGGCUGACAGCAGCACCACCACAUCGGACUCUUCGACGACCUCAACAUCCUCGUCCACCACUAGUAGUACCCACCCUGUUGUGACGGUACCCCCCAUCGCAAAUGCGCCAUACAUGCAAACAACGAACACCCCCGAGGGGACCGUCUUCAUCGCCGUGGGCGCCGUCCUCGGGCUGAUCGGACUAUCUGUGUUAGCCUGGCGAGCCAUCAUCGCAUGGUCCGUCAACCGCUCGGUGCGGCGCGCAGCGAUGAUCCACUCGUCCGAAUCGAAGCGGCUACUGCGCGGCAGCAAGAAGAAGCGAUCAACCGUAUACGCAGCGGCUCCUACAGCCAGCGUCUCGCUCGACAAACUCGGCGCCGCCACGCGCGCAAACUACAAGCCCCACCGAGUCCCCAGCUCCAAUAGCGGCCUCUUCUUCUCGCCCACGGCCGGCGGCGCCGGAUCGCCUGCCAGUCUGAACAACGCGGCGGGCAACCGCGGCUCGAGCUAUCUGCCUGCUGGCUACUAUGCUGCCGCCGGCAGUUCCACCCCCGCCGGCGCUGCCGCGCACUCCACGCCGUACUCACCUACCGCCGGUCUCGCCUCGCCGGGUUACCCGCCCAGCUCCCCGACUCUUCCGCCAAUCGGUCCAUUGCAUGACCCGCCGCUCAAUCCGCGCCAGUCGUACGGGGGCGGCUCAACCAGCUCGCUGAAUCUGAGCCAAGCGCCGCAGGGUCGUGCCCCGAGUGCAUACCUGGAAGAUCUAUUUGAGAGCCAUGCCCCUCCAAAUCACCCUAACUCUGGCCUUCGAUAA